AUGCGUGGCCCGGCGAGGGCCCUCCUCGGCGGGUUCGGCUCCACCACCUCCUCCUCCCUGGAGGUCGGGGGCUGGGUGGCCUGGCCGAGCAACACCUCCCUGGAGCUCAAUCAAACCGUGGGCGGCAGUGGCGGUGUGGACAUGGCGGCGGCGGCGGCAGGCCUAGCCAGCGGUGGCCUGGAAUCCAACCUCACCCAACAUUCCGUGUCCCGGGCGGCGAUGAAGGAGAAAAACUGGCCCGCGCUCCUCAUCCUUGUCAUCAUCGCCCUGACCAUUGGCGGGAACAUCCUCGUCAUCCUUGCCGUGUCGCUGGAGAAGAAGUUGCAGAACGCCACCAACUUCUUCCUGAGGUCGCUGGCUGUAGCAGACAUGCUGGUGGGCAUCCUGGUCAUGCCUAUCUCCCUCAUCAACAUCCUCUAUGACUACGCAUGGCCUCUCCCCAGCGCUCUGUGUCCCAUCUGGAUCUACCUGGACGUACUCUUCUCCACGGCGUCCAUCAUGCACCUGUGUGCCAUCUCCCUGGACAGAUACGUGGCCAUCCGCAACCCCAUAGAGCACAGCCGCUUCAACUCCAGGACCAAAGCGAUGAUGAAGAUCGCCGCUGUGUGGACCAUAUCUAUAGGUGUAUCUAUGCCCAUCCCGGUCAUUGGCCUCCACAACAAGGACAAGGUCUUUGUCAAUGGCAGCUGUGUUCUCAACGAGAAACGCUUCAUGCUGAUUGGCUCCUUUGUGGCCUUCUUCAUCCCGUUGGUCAUUAUGGUGGUGACAUACUGUCUCACCAUACAGGUGCUCCAGAGGCAGGCCACUGUCUUCCUGUAUGAGGCAAAGGCUUCCUCCAAGCAGCCUUUGCACCCGGCAGCCACGCCGAACACGCUACAGCCCCCCUCCGCCACUUUCCACAUCCCUCAGAUUAACACAAUCUCCCCUCCAGACUCGCAAGAGGCACCGGCCCCUCCCCCUCAGAGCAGACGCAACACCCUGAGUUGCCUGAAAGGGGCAGAGCCCAGCAUGUUGGUGAGCGCCUCGCCGUCGGACAGCAUCAGCAUCAUCCCGAGUUCCGAGGUUGCCUCUCAGCUGAGCUCGCCGGCCGCCGGGGUGGGGAAGUCCGACCCGGCUGGUUGCCACGGGCGACGGGGGAUGAUGCAGGCCAUCAAGAACGAGAGGCGGGCCUCUAAGGUCCUGGGAAUUGUCUUCUUCCUCUUCCUGGUCAUGUGGUGUCCCUUCUUCAUCACCAACGUCACCUUUGUACUGUGCCGAAGCUCCUGCGACGAGCCCGUGCUCACGGAGCUCCUCAACGUUUUCGUGUGGGUGGGCUACAUCUCCUCCGGCGUAAACCCUCUGGUGUACACCCUCUUCAACAGGACCUACAGGAGAGCCUUCUCCAACUACAUCAGGUGCCAGUACAGGUCCGUGGCCGGACAGAACUGCAAAACCCUAUUGGUCCCCCCGCCGUGUCCGUCACACACCGUGACCCCGCUUCUCAUUGGCGGGCGCGGGAAGGGGGGCGUGGACCGCAACAGUAACUGUCGCAACGGCAGGAGGGGGGACAACGGCAGCACGAGGCUGACGGUGGACCCGGAGGACACGACGGACGACGGCACGCAAGCCGGGGGAACGUCGCAGAGCCUGUCGGAAUGGCAGAACGCGGGAAUGCUGUCGGAGACGGAGCCGGAGACGGAAGUUGAGCAGGACCUGUCGCUCGUCAGCUACAGGGAACACACCAGCAGCGUUUGA